CGCCGUGCGAGAGCGUUCGCCUACCUACUGCCUGGUCACGUGACAGGCGGGUCGACCGCCGCGAUCUUAUCUCGUUUCACGGCGUACUCCUCUCUUCAGUGAGGAGGUCGUGGGGGCAGCUUCAGAAACUUUGUGGCCGCUUUAGACCGGUUCCGCUUGUGGCGCCUCAUUUUGGUGAAAAAGCGAAGCAAGUUGGUGCGCUCCUAAAUUGAUUUUCUUCCACGGCAUGGCGCCACCAGCUAGGCCUGGCUGCGGCGCUCCGCCAGCGGCUCCUGUCGCACACAAAGCCGUCUUUUCUUUCGUGGUGUACAGUCAGUUCAGUCUUAGCAGCAGAAGCAACCGUUCGCACAUGUUGUGCUGUGUCUCUGUUCACAGGUGAAAAGCGGAUUAUCGCAGCGCGCUUGGACUUGCCGCGGUUGCAGCUAGGCCUGCUCAUGUGCAUCGGCGAACUUUACGACAAUGUCGAGUCAAGCGAUACCCGGAACGACCGCCUCAUCGACGACCAAACGAAAAGUGCUCUCUCUUAAAGUGAAACGUGCCAUUUUGGAUGAAGUUCGACAGAAAAUUAAGAAGACCGACAUUGCGCGGAAGUACGGCAUAGCACAGUCGACUUUGGCGACAAUCAUAAAAAGUGCAAGCAAAAUUGAUGCCGUCUUGGACGACGACGUUGGCAGCGGUGAACGGAAGCGGAUCCGCGCUGCCACUUACGGAGAUGUCGAAGCGGCGCUCUACAAAUGGUUUGUAGACGCUCGUGCCAAGAACGUCCCGCUCAAUGGGCCGAUCCUGCUAGCGCAGGCCAAACGUCUGGGGUUUGCUCUCGGCCACGAGAACUUCAAUCCAGGCAACGGAUGGUUGCAGCGAUUUAAAGACCGCCAUGGGAUCACAUGCAAGAGCAUUGUCGGUGAAGCUGCAUCCGUUGACGAGGACGGUCUCCAGCGUUGGAUGGUGAAGCACAGGAGCCGCAUUCUUGAGACAUACACCGAAAGAGAUAUUUACAACGCUGAUGAAACGGGUCUGUUCUUUCAACUGUUGCCUGCAAAAACUCUCGCGGCGAAGACUGAUAAGUGCGUGGGGGGGAAAAACAGCAAAAAUCGCAUCACAGUGUUGGUGUGCGCGAACAUGGAUGGCUCCGACAAGCGGCCGCUAUUGGUCAUCGGCAAGCCCAAGAAACCGCGGGGCUUUGCCAAGGUGCUGUCAAUGCCUGUCGCGUACACACACAACACAAAGGCGUGGAUGACGGGGGAGAUAUUCCGGAAGUGGCUGACAGACUUUGAUAAGGAAAUGUCCGCGAAGAAGCGCAAAGUGCUGCUCUUGCUGGACAAUUGCAGCGCACACCAUGUUAACGCGCAUCUGAGCGCUGUCGAGGUACUUUUUCUGCCUCCGAACACAACCGCCAAGAUGCAGCCGAUGGACCAGGGAGUGAUAGCAAAUUUCAAAGUGCAUUAUCGCCGCCGUGUCAUCGAGCGUCUGCUCAUUGACAUCCGUACAGCCGACAACGCUGCCGACCUCAAGGUGCCGCUAGUAAAGGCGGUAUUUUUCGCAAGCGGAGCCUGGCGGGACGUGAAGUCCGAGACCAUUCUUCACUGCUUCGAGAAAGCAGGUUUUUCGCGGGGAAGCAGCGCUGGCGAAGAAAUAACAGCAGAAGCAGACAUCGAUGCUGCUGCAGCGGAUGGUGCCGCGGCAGUGACGAGCUUGGGGCAGCUGUGGGAGACCGCGGGCAAUGCAAGCCUUGUCCCAAGCGGGUUGGAUUAUCUGGACUUUGCCCUGGCGGAUCAAGACCUCGUCGCAACGGAGGAGCUCACCACCGAUGAACUCGCCGCUAGCGUCUCCGAAAAGGGAACGGCCGCAGAUAGCAGUUCCUCGGACGGCGAAGGUGACGACAUUGGUGCGCCUCAGCCUGGGACCGCCGGAGCAGCUCUCGCAGCUGUCGACACGCUGCGUAUGUACUUGUGCUCCGAACCGGGCAGUUGCGAUCUGUUAGACAACGUUGAGCACCGUGUUCUGAAACGCGCGCUCGCGAAACGCGUGCAAGGGACCCUUGAUCGCUUUUUUCAGAAAGCGUAAAUAAAUAUUUUUUUCUUGGUCUG